AUUAGGAGUGAUCAAAUUGAAUUGCUGAAACUGAAGUGGUUGUAAAGUUUAAAUCAAACAUUAGGGAUGACCUUAAAAUUUGCCAUUAGUCUUGUCGUGCCGUGUCGUAAGCCCGAAAGUUGGUAAGUAACAAGACGUAUAGAAGCCCGGUAUAAUAGAUCAAGAAUCAAUGGGCUGAGCCCGAACCCAGCUUUAAAAGUAACACCAGUGAGCAGUGUCGGCGAUUAAAAACUUCCGGCCACAAACUAAGCAAAGUAUCGAAAACUUUCAGAUAUUACAACCAACCACGAGGAAACGCAAGAGGCAAAACGACGAAGAACGACCGAUGGGUGUAGAUUAUUACAAGAUUCUCCAAGUAGACCGGAACGCCAAAGACGAAGAUUUGAAGAAAGCAUAUCGCAAACUCGCCAUGAAGUGGCAUCCAGAUAAGAACCCUACCAACAAGAAAGAAGCUGAAGCCAAAUUUAAACAAAUCUCUGAAGCUUAUGAUGUUUUGAGUGAUCCGCAAAAAAGAGCGGUGUAUGAUCAGUACGGAGAGGAAGGUUUGAAGGGCCAGGUACCGCCACCUGGUGCGGGCGGGUUUUCGGGUGGGCCAUCGACGACGUUUCGGUUCAAUACGAGGAAUCCCGAAGAUAUAUUUUCCGAGUUUUUCGGGUUUUCAAGUCCGUUUGGAGGGAUGGGUGACAUGGGGGGUUCACGCGCCAGCGCUUCAGGGUUUCCGAGAGGUAUGUUCGGCGAUGAUAUUUUUGCCUCAUUUAGAGGAGCAGCCGGCGAAGGCUCUACGAAUGCGCCAAGAAAAGCCGCGGCUAUAGAGCGAACAUUGCCUUGUAGUUUGGAAGAAUUGUAUAAGGGAACAACCAAGAAGAUGAAGAUUUCUAGGGAUGUUAUUGAUGCCUCUGGGUAA